UUCUUCCUUUUUUUGUUUUUAUCUAAACGUGUCACCGAUCAGCUGAUUAUUGGCUCCAGCUCUGGUCCAUCAGACCCAGUACUGAUGCUGAAGAACUUUACUGGUUCUGUCUAGAAACCUUAUGAUCUGGUUCUGUGGCCAGGCAUUACAUCUGACUGUAAUCUGUAUUCAGGAGUCCUUUUCUGAAGCACCUGUUCAUUGAUCAGUGGGAUGGUGGAGUCUGGAACAGAACCAGGUUAAUUAAACUCACCUCUGCUGGUCUGGAUCAGCUGCUGUGGUGGAUCAGGAGAUAAAAAUACCUUAAAGUUCUGCUGAAGCUCAAAGAUAAGCCCAUAUUUAAAUCUGGCUCAGAAAGAACAAAUGAAACCCAGAUCCCGGGAAGGUGAACUGCAUGUUUCCUGAAGCUCUGAACCACCUCCAACACCAGUCUGCCCCAGCAGGUAGCAGGUGUAGCACACCUGGACAGGUGACCAGUCCACCAUGAGAUGUUUGUUGUUUGAUGAACAUUUUUAUUGAUUAUACACAUUAUGCCCCAGAACUUCAACUGAUCCAGUGUCUGUUCACCAGAACCAAGCUGUUACUGUUCAUUUAAUGCUGCCUCACAAGUUUAUAAGCAGCAGCAUGAAGAUGAAGCAGAUUCAGAUCCAACCGCAGUCAGCCAGGUUCAAAGUAAGAGGACAAAAACUGGGACACUUGAGGGCUAUGGUCUCUAUGGUCCACCUGCUGUACCACUGCUCUACUACUGAUCUACAAGGCACAGGUGAGUGAGGUGAUCAUGAUGGGUCUGGACUCUGCUGGAAAGUCCACUGUGUUGGCCCGAAUGCUCACAGGAGAGAUGGUGAACACGUCACCGACUGUGGGCUUCAAUGUGGGAAAUCUGGAACUAGAUAAGGAUUCGUGUCUGACAGUGUGGGACGUCGGAGGACAGAAGAGCAUGAGACCCAACUGGAAGUACUACCUGGAUGAUUGCAAGGCACUGGUGUUCGUGGUGGACGGCAGUGACGCAGCUCGCAUGCCAGAGGCCCAGAAGGCUCUGAAGAAAAUCCUCAGUGACGAGAGGCUGCGAGGAGUUCCUCUGAUGGUUCUGGCCAACAAGAAGGAUCUACCCAACACAAUGACCAUACAGGAGGUGUCCACCAAGUUAGACCUGGCCAGUUACAAAGACAGAAUAUGGGAGAUCCAGGCGUGCUGCGCCAUCCUGGGGGUGGGUCUGCAUCAGGCCUUCCUGUCGGUCAGCAAGAUGAUCAAGGGGAUCUGAGAGGACCAGGUGGAGGAGCUCCAGAUCUGCCUGAUGGGACACUUUUAACCUCAGGAUUUUAGUUCUACAGAUGAUGUUUAAUAAAGGUUUUUACUGAUGA